AUGUCUUUAAUUUUGAGUCUUCAAGGGAAAAAAUAUUCAUUUCUGCCAAACGACAGAAUGUUUGGGACAGCAAAGAGACAUAUUCGAAAAAAUGAGAGGAUUUACACUCCAGCCGAGUAUGAAAAUCUUAUAGUUAAAGCUAAUGAAAAAUUUGAAAUACAAAGGCCGAAAACUGAAGAUAUUAUAGACAUAAAAAAAUGGUGGCCGAAACAUUAUAAGAAAGUGAUGCUGUCUGUGGAUUCCUAUGGAAAAGGAGUACACAAGGACCAAAAAACAACUUUUGCUAUUUUCAAAGCGUCACAUUUCACUUUUUCUAAGUCCACACCAGCUUUUACAAUGGGUACCAGGCCACACUUACCAACAAGUGAUACUCCUGCUUAUGCUGAUAAAGUGCCAAUCAAUAAAAAGAAAAUGGCAAAUUUGAACAAAUUAGCAAAAUAUAUUUCAGCAGAGUACCAAGAUUUCUAUACAGAGGUUUUUGCAUGGCCAACAACUGCAACAAACAAUGAUUAUCAAGAAAAUAAUGAUGAUUACUAA